CCUUUGACCUAAAAAUCAUUUUCGUGUCAGGCAGUGUUUUGCUCGAACGUCAAGAUUCAAGACGUCUUUCAAAGGAAGAAAUACCUUUAUCCGCCUUUCCGUAUACUGUGUGGGCCUAAAGCAGCAUGUCCAGACAACAGGAGAUCAUCUGUGGCCUCUCGCACGAGGUGACCAUAGCAGUCCUCCCCAGACUGGACAUGGGGGAGUUGAUGUUUGAACUCAACAGAAGGAUACAGAACUUGGACAAAGAGAACAGGAUCAAGGACAGGCUGGUCAGUAUCCUUAGGGACGUGAUGUUGGAGGAAUACCGUCAGUUGGAAAGUAUGUCUGAAGUACGUUCUCCAGACGAAACAACCAUACCCGUGCAAGACCAGGAGACAGCUACCAUACAAGAGAACGUUUUGACUGCAUACGCAGAAACAACAUCAUCAGAGACUUCAAGUCCUGACGCCUCACAACAGAGUUCUGGACUGGACAUUGUGAUCAAGAAGGAAAGCGAUACAAGCAGUAACUUGUUCGUGUAUACAAAGGAGCCCGAGUUUGAUACAGAGCAGAUACAGCUGACUGUUCCACAACAGGAUCAACUUUGUGACAUACCUAGUCCAGGUUCACCAACGAUUCCUCCAUGCGAUACCCCUCUAAUACAAAUGAAGAACAUAACAGACUCUCGCAUUAGAGAGGAAGAAUUUGCUAUGACGACUGAGAAUGAAGAAGCUAGAGCCUGCCAUGAUGAGCUUAACAUCGGUUCUCCUACAUCCAUUGCGCAGGUGAAGGAUACACUUAUUUCAAUGAACACCUCUUACUCAGAGACGCCCGUGGAAAUCAAUACACCUGACGAGGAAGCACCUUCGCCAGUGGAACGCUAUGUGUCCGAGGAUGGCCAGAUCUUGCAAAUCUCUCAACCUUCCAUCCCGGAUCAAAACUAUACUGAUGACGGAGAGACUAGUUUCAUAAACGGCGAACAUGAGCAAAGUGAAAAAGAAAGUAGUGAGGAAACACCUUUGGCUUCUUGUCCACCGACUCCAGACAUUGAAUGUGAGAACAAGACGUCCCUUCUUAUUGAUAAUGACCCACAAAUUGAUUACAAAUUCAAAACAUCUUUAGCACAGAGUUCCUCCAAGCAUAUGAAAAGUUAUAAAGAUGAAAAGCCUUUCAUGUGUGGCGAAUGUGGUUAUAGGGCACGUCAUAAGUACCGGCUUGUUGAACACAUGAGAAAACACACUGGCGAGAAACCGUUCAAGUGUGAUCAAUGCAACUACAAUGCGUCUUAUAAAACCUUGCUAGUCAAACAUAUGAAAAGCCACACGGACGCAGAACCUUACAGCUGUGACAUUUGUGAGUAUCAGACCUACAUAAAGUCAAAUGUGGAGAGACAUAUGAUGUGUCACUCGGCUGUGAAACCCUACAAAUGUGAGGAAUGUGACUUCAGAGCAGUUGGCAAAUCUUAUCUUGUUAAACACAGGAGGCGUCGUCACACCGGUGAGAAACCCUACAGUUGUCAAGAGUGUGACUACAAGGCAAGUGAAAAUGACACCCUUCUCAGGCAUAUGAGAAAGAAACACAUGUCAUAUAAACAAGAGUUAUCAUAUCAUAUGAAAAAACAUACAGACGCAGAACCUUACAGCUGUGAAAUCUGUGACUACAAGGCCUACAUAAAGGCAAACUUUGAGACACAUAUGAUGCGCCACGCUGGCGUGAAACCCUACAAAUGUGAGGAAUGUGACUACGGCACAGCUCAUAAGAGCGAUCUUAUUAAACACAGGAGGCGUCACACCGGCGAGAGACCCUAUGGUUGCCAAGAGUGUGACUACAAGGCACGUGAUAAGGGCACACUCCUCAGGCAUGUGAGAAGGAAACACGUGUGAAGCUACUGUCAGUUAAUUACCAACCAGAAAUAACACAAUAGAUAUCUAUCGUAGAGACUCCUUUUUACGUUUUAGAUCUAAUUAGAUACCUAGAAACCAAAUAUAAAACUUGAUAAAUGUUUCUGUAGCAAACAUUUAUCUGUUAGCUUAUAACCUUUGCCAGAAUGGCUAAGGUUAUGUUUUGGGCUUGUGAGUCUGUCUGUGUGUGUGUGUGUUAACAGCAUAACUCAAAAACCCUUGGAUGGAU